AUGAAUAUUCUUAUAACAUUUUUAUAUAUAUUUUUAUUUUACAUUUUUUAUUCUUGGUAUGAAAAAAUUAAAUUUAUUCAUAAAAAGGAAUUAAAAGGGCCAUUCCCACUACCUAUUAUUGGUAAUGCAUAUCUAAGUGAUCACCCAUAUUAUGAUUUUUUUAAAUUUUCAAAAAAAUAUGGCGAUAUAUUCAGAAUAUGGGUGGGUGAUUUAUACACAGUAGUUCUAAGUGAUGAAUCACUUAUAAGAGAAGUUUUUCAUAAAAACUCUGAUAAUUUUAACGAUAGACCAAAAUUUCCUACAAUGAAAUAUUUAUCAAAUUAUCAUGGUUUAGUAACAUCAUCAGGUGAGUAUUGGAAAAUUAAUAGAGAAAUUGUAUCCCAAUCCUUAACAAAAAUCCAUUCAAAACAUCUAUAUGAAUCAUUGGAAUAUAAUAUAGAACAAGUUUUAAAUAAAUUUGAAGGAUUUGAAAAAAGAAAUGAAUCCUUUAAUCCAAAAUUAGAUUGUUAUAAAUUUACAACCAGUUUAAUGUUCAAAUAUAUUUUUAAUGAAGAGAUUACAAAUUAUGAUGAUCCAAUAAUAGAAAGCGAAAUAAUUAAACCAACUAAUAGAGUAUUUGAAAAACUUUCAAAUUGUAGAACCGGGGAUGCUUUAAAAAUACUCAGACCAUUUUAUGAAUUCCAAUUAAAGUAUUUUGAACAAUCAGGAUAUAAAAUAUUUGACUAUUUAAAUAAAAAACUAGAACAGCAUGUAGAAACUUUUGAUGAAAAUGGUGUUCCAAGAGAUUUAUUGGAUAUUUUAUUCAAAGAAUAUGGAAAUGACAAAUUAUCAAUACUUUCAACUGCAAAAGAUUUAUUAUUGGGUGGAAUUGAUACAUCAGCAACAAUAUUUUAUAAUAUUAUAAUGUUAUCAUGCAACUAUAAAGAAAUUCAAGAUAAGGUGUAUGAGGAGCUAAAGAGUGUAUCAAAAGAAAAGAAAAGAAUUUAUUUAUCAGAUAGAAAUAGUUUACCAUAUACAAAUGCAUUUAUUAAAGAAUGUUUACGUUAUAGACCUGUAGCUGCAUUUCCAUUGCCCCACACAGCCAAAAAUGAUAUUACAAUCUCUAAUGGUAGAUAUUUCAUUCCAAAGGAUUCACAAGUAUUAAUUAAUUUCUAUGCACUUUACAGAAAUGAAAAAUACUUUCCAAAUCCUGAAACUUUUGACCCCAGUCGUUUCAUUAAUUGCGAAUUGGCAAAUCAAGCCUUUAUGCCAUUUUCCAUGGGACCAAGAAUCUGUGUUGCCCGUCAAUUUGCUUUAGAUGAAAUAUUUUUAUUUAUUUCAAAUUUAUUAUUAAAUUUUAAAGUUUCAUCAAAUAAAACAAUUGAUCACUCUAUCAAUGACUAUAAAUAUGGAUUAACUAUUAAAUUAAAAAAAGAAUUCAAUAUCAAUUUAAAAAAAAGAUAA